UAGCCAACAAAUCUCAUCAUAUGAAGGUCAGGUUGGAAGGAACAUCAAAUGUGAGAGUUCCAUGAGAGUGCAAGGAACAGAUCAAUCUCUGAAAAUCUGAAGGCAAAACCAUAACCAAACCAGAGAAAUUUCUCACAAGGCGAACAAUAUGUUGGACAAUCUACCACAAGAAGUGGUGUUUGAUAUCUUGGCAAGACUACCUGUCAAGUCCCUGUUACAAAUGAGGUGUGUAUGCAAAUCAUGGAACUCUCUAAUCAAUAGUCCCAAUUUCAUCACAUCACACACAAACCAAACUCUUGCAAACAACAACAAUGAAUUAGUACUACUUAGGCACCACACUGAUGGCAAAGAUCAGUUCACAGUGCAUUGCAAUAACAACACAUUCAAUGAGUGUACAACAUUUGAUUGCCCAUUUACAAACUGGACAAAGUAUUAUUUGAGGGUAGUGGGUUCGUGUGAUGGGUUAGUGUGCUUGUCGUCUCAUGAUCAAACUACGAUUUUAUGGAACCCAUCAAUCAAGAGAUGUUUGAAUCUUCCAACGCCUCGCAUUACAUAUAAGUCUCACGGUUCUUAUACGUUUAUCCUUGGAUUCGGAUUUGAUCCCUUGACUAACGAUUUUAAGGUGGUGAGACUUGUAUAUUUUCACAAGAACUUUGGUUACAGGCUUUCAGCAGAGGUCGAUGUUUAUAUGCUUAGCAUAGGGACUUGGAGAACUGUUAAUACUAUUGCCCCAUCAUAUAAUUUGAUGGAAUGCGUUUCCCAUGCUUUUGUGAACCGGGCUUGCCACUGGAUUGGAUUUGAGGCAAUGACGAAGGAAAUAAGGUGCUAUUUGAUACUGUCAUUCAACAUCAGUACUGAAGUGUUUCAUGAGAUAAAGCUCCCGGAUUGUGUUGCUAAUGUGUUCAGACUAAUUGCAUCGGUUGCAGUGUAUGAGGAAUCGAUUUGUUUGUUCCAUUAUGAUAGGGAUUGGGGGUAUCCAAGUAAGAAUUGUGAUAUAUGGGUGAUGAAAGAGUAUGGUGUGGUUGAGUCUUGGACUAAAUUGUUCACAAUUGAUUUUGGUAUAAGCAAAGCUGUAGGUUUUAGGAAGAAUGGUGAAUUUUUGGCAGAAGAUAGUGAGGGGAAGUUGGUUACAUAUGAUUUCAAGACGGGGCAAAUAGUGUAUCUUGGAAUCCAUGGGUUGAAACAAUCGUUUCAUUUGGAGAAUUACAUGGAAAGCCUAGUUUUACUUAUAGAAGGAAAUGAAGUUUUAGAGGAGAAGGCAAAAUCUCUCCCUGUGACUGUAGAGCCGUCUAGGAAAUAUAAAUUUCCCUUUCGAGUACCCUUCAUUGCACCAAAUGCUCCUCGAACAACUUUGAGGACUCCACCUUCCAUAGUUACUCUGUAA